AUGAAAGGUGACUUCUCCGGUAUGAGUCAACUGCUAGACUCUCAUACUAAUUCCAUUAAGAAAAUAGAGCAAAAGUUGGGGCAACUUUCAGCAUCACUAAACCAAAGGAAGAAUGGGUCACUACCAAGUGACACUAUUCAGAAUCCGAAGAAGGACGUGAAUCACAUGGCUAUCGCCACCAGGAGUGGCAAAAUUCUUAAUGACCCAAUUUCUGAAGGUACUGAGCAUGAACAGGUGUUGGAGCGAACUGGAAGAGAGGAGACUGAAGCUGAGCAGGUCGAUGAUGUGGAGGACGCUCAACCAAUAGUAAAACCAACAGGAGAAAAUGAAAAAGGGGCUGAGGGAACCAUGCCUCUACAGCAGACACCAAGACCACCUCCUCCGUUCCCUCAAAGGCUAAAAAAGAAAGCUGAAGAUGGGAAAUUUUUUAAGUUCAUCACCAUGCUGAGACAGCUAUCAGUGAACAUCCCAUUGGUAGAAGCCCUAGAAGAAAUUCCAGGAUAUGUUAAGUUCAUGAAUGACUUGGUCAUGAAGAAAAGAGCUGUAAGUACUGAUUUUACUGACAAUGUUCAUCACUACAGUGUUAUUGCUACCAGGUCUCUGGUACAUAAGAAGGAGGAUCCGGGUGCAUUCAGCAUACGAUGCACUAUCAGAUCAAUUGAAUUUGCAAAGGCCUUGUGUGACUUAGGGGCCAGUAUCAACUUGAUGUCGAUGGCCAUCUACAAGCAAUUGGGGUUAGAAGUUCCAAAACCCAUUGCAAUGAGGUUGAUGAUGGCAAAUAGGUCAGUGAAGCGACCUAUGGUCAUCCUAUGUGAUGUGCUUGUAAAGGUGGACACUUUCAUUUUUCCGAGAGACUUCGUGAUCUUGGAUUGCGAAGUGGAUUUAAAGGACUUUGAUGAAGAAGAGAUGAGAGCGACCAUUGAGGAGAGGCUAGCUAUUGAAACAUUAGCAGCCGUGUUGAUUAAUUUUGAAGGGGAUUUCUGGACUGACUAUGUGGAAACAGUGAAUGCUUUACAGGAUUUGAAUUAUGAACAGGUUCAAGUUGUUAUCAAAGUGUUGAUAAGGUAUAAAAGGGCAAUUGGGUGGACCUUUGCUGACAUCAUCGAGAUACCUCCGAGUAUAUGCAAUCAUAAGAUCCAACUCAAGGAGGACUGCAGCCCAAGCAUUGAACACCAGAUGAGGUUAAAUCCACUAAUGCAAGAGGUGGUAAUAAAGGAGAUCAUCAAGUGGUUAGAUGUUGGGGUUGUGUACCCCAUUUCUGACAGUCAUUGGGUCAGCCCAGUGCAAUGUGUGCCCAAAAAUGAUGGUAUGACAGUGGUUGCAAAUGAGAAGAAUGGGUUGAUCCCGCAGAGACCAGUCACUGGAUGCUACAACCAGUUAUCAAUUAAUCCUGAAGAUCAGGAAAAGACCACUUUUACAUGUCCUUAUGGCACCUUUGCAUUUAAAUGCAUGCCAUUUGGAUUAUGUAAUGUACCAGCAACUUUCCAGAGGUGUAUGAUGUCUAUCUUUUCGGACAUGGUGGAAGACACUCUGGAGCUCAUUCUUAGCAGGGAUUUACAGAGAUACGAGGAGGUCAAUAUAGUGUUGAAUUGGGAGAAGUGUCAUUUCAUGGUCAAGAAAGGAGAUGCCAGAUUUUAUAGGCGUUUCAUCAAAGACUUCUCGAAAAUUGCACACCCCUUGUGCAAGCUUUUGGAGAAGGAGGUGAAAUUUGGUUUUGAUGAGGCAUGUCUAAGAGCUUGUGAAUGCCUGAAGAAGAAUCUAAUUUCUUCCCCAGUAAUCAUUGGCCCAGAUUGGGCUGAACCAUUUGAGACCUGUCACUUCUCCCCAGUGGGUGGCCAUCAUGGAGGCCCUCAGACAGUCCACAAGAAUGAUGGCAAAAGUAUUGUUGGCUUUCUGAAGAAGAAUAUUUUUUCAAAAUUUGACACACCCGGAGCUAUUAUCAGUGAUAGCGGGUCCCAUUUUUUCAAUAAGGUUUUCAGUGCUCUUUUGGCCAAAUAUGGGGUUACACUACACAAGGUGGCAACACCUUAUCACCCGCAAACGAGUGUCCAAGUAGAGGUAUAUAAUAGGGAUAUAAAGGCAAUUCUGGCAAAAAUAGUGAAUGCCAACAGGACAGAUUGGGCACGAAAGUUAGAUAAUGCUCUAUGGGCAUAUCAGACAGCUUUCAAGAUACCUAUUGUUAUGUCUCCAUAUCAAUUAGUAUUUGUAAAGGCAUGUCAUUUUCCAGUUGAGCUUGAGCAUAGGGCACUCUGGGCUUUGAAGAAGCUGAACCUUAGUGGGUGA